AUGCCUCCAAAGAAGAAGGUCGAAGAAAAGAAGGUCUUGCUUGGUCGUCCAGGUAACAAUUUGAAAGCUGGUAUUGUUGGUCUUGCUAACGUCGGUAAGUCAACUUUCUUUCAAUCUAUUACCAGAUCUCCCCUAGGUAAUCCAGCUAACUAUCCAUUUGCUACCAUCGAACCUGAAGAAGCUAGAGUUAUUGUUCCAUCUCCUCGUUUUGAUAACCUUUGUGAAAUUUACAAGCCUGCAUCUCAAGUUCCUGCUCACUUGACCGUUUACGAUAUCGCUGGUUUGACUAAAGGUGCUUCUGCUGGUGAAGGUUUAGGUAACGCUUUCUUGUCACACAUUAGAGCUGUUGAUUCCAUCUACCAAGUGGUUCGUUGCUUUGAUGACGCCGAAAUUGUUCACAUUGAAGGUGAUGUGGAUCCAAUCCGUGACUUGCAAAUUAUCAAUGAGGAAUUGCGUCUAAAGGAUAUCGAAUUUGCUCAAAAGGCUCUUGAAAACGCACACAAGAUUGCUAGAAGAGGUGGUCAAUCUUUGGAAGUUAAACAAAAGAAGGAAGAAACUGUUUUGAUUGAAAGAAUUAUCAAACUUUUGGAAGACGGUCAAAGAGUUGCCAACCAGGAGUGGACACCAAAGGAAGUGGAAUCUAUCAACUCCAUGUUCUUGUUGACCGCCAAGCCUUGUAUCUAUUUGAUCAACUUGUCUGAAAAGGAUUACAUUAGAAAGAAGAACAAGCACCUUUUGAGAAUCAAGGAAUGGGUGGACAAAUACUCUCCAGGUGAUAUGAUCAUUCCAUUCUCCGUUUGUAUGGAAGAAAAACUGUCGACAAUGUCACCUGAAGAACAAGAAGAAGAAUUGAAGAAAAUCGGUACCCAGUCGGCCCUACCAAAGAUUAUCACUUCAAUGAGACAAAAGCUUGAUUUGAUCUCUUUCUUUACAAGUGGUCCUGACGAAGUUCGUGAAUGGACUAUUAGAGAGGGUACAAAGGCACCACAAGCUGCAGGUGUUAUCCACAACGAUUUAAUGAACACUUUCAUCUUGGCUCAAAUUAUGAAAUACUCUGAUAUGGUCGAAUAUAAAGACGAGAAUGCAAUCAAAUCUGCAGGUAAAUUACUGCAGAAGGGUAAAGACUACGUCGUGGAAGAUGGUGAUAUCAUUUACUUCAGAUCUGCCGCAGGUAAGAACUGA